GCGAAGCAGAGCUGCUGUCUGUUGCGUCGCUGCUCGGUUUAAAGAAACGUUCCGUUGGACUAAAGCGAGUUUAAACUGCGGCCUGGGACGGGAUUCAGUGGAUGGUUACGGAAACAAGGAAACAAGUCCGACAAACUCGGUGAUGGACCUGAUGGCCGUGAGCACGUCUGCGACGGGUCAGGAGGAGUUUGACCGCAACGCGCCGCGGAUCUGUGGAGUGUGUGGAGACAAGGCCACCGGCUUCCACUUCAACGCCAUGACCUGCGAGGGAUGCAAGGGCUUCUUCAGACGGAGUAUGAAGCGCAAGGCGAGCUUCACCUGCCCGUUCAAUGGGAACUGCACCAUCACCAAAGAUAACCGGCGUCACUGCCAGGCCUGUCGUCUGAAGCGCUGCGUCGACAUCGGCAUGAUGAAGGAAUUCAUUCUGACAGACGAGGAGGUGCAGAGGAAGAAGGAUCUGAUCCUGAAGAGGAAGGAGGAGGAGGCGGCGAGGGAGGCCAGGAAACCUCGUCUGAGCGAGGAACAGAUGCAGAUCAUCAACACACUGGUGGAGGCGCAUCACAAGACCUACGACGACUCCUACUCCGACUUCGUCCGAUUCAGGCCUCCGGUCCGUGAGGGUCCAGUCACGCGCAGCGCAAGCCGAGCCGCGUCUCUUCACUCGCUGUCUGACGCUUCGUCAGAUUCAUUCAACCAUUCACCAGAGUCUGUGGACACGAAGCUGAACUUCAGUAAUCUGCUGAUGAUGUAUCAGGACAGCGGUGGCAGUCCAGACUCCAGCGAGGAGGACAACUCACGCCUGUCCAUGUUACCGCACCUCGCAGACCUCGUCAGCUACAGCAUCCAGAAGGUCAUCGGAUUCGCCAAGAUGAUCCCUGGAUUCAGGGACCUGACGGCUGAAGAUCAGAUCGCUCUGCUCAAGUCCAGCGCUAUCGAGAUCAUCAUGCUGCGCUCCAAUCAGUCGUUCAGUCUGGAGGAUAUGAGCUGGAGCUGCGGAGGACCGGACUUCAAAUACUGUGUCAAUGAUGUCACCAAGGCGGGGCACACUCUGGAGCUGCUGGAGCCGCUGGUGAAGUUUCAGGUUGGUCUGAAGAAGCUGAACAUGACUGAAGAGGAACACGUGCUGCUGAUGGCCAUCUGCCUGCUGUCUCCAGAUCGGCCGGGCGUUCAGGACCACGCUCGCAUCGAGGCGCUCCAGGACCGUCUGUGUGACGUCCUGCAGGCGUACAUCCGCAUCCAUCACCCCGCCGGCCGUCUGCUGUACGCCAAGAUGAUCCAGAAGCUGGCGGACCUGCGCAGCCUGAACGAGGAGCACUCCAAGCAGUACCGCUCGCUCUCCUUCCAGCCGGAGCACAGCAUGCAGCUGACGCCGCUGGUGCUGGAGGUGUUCGGCAGCGAGGUCUCCUAGCCUCACGGAUCACCGGCCACGCUUUAAGCUACGGGGAAUCCCUGAAAGGAAUGUAUUAAUAACGUACGGAUAGAACCAUGCAUAUAAACUAAUAUUUAUAUUUAAGAGAGAGAGAGAGAAAGAGAGAUGGUUUGUAUUAAAUGAAAACGUAUGGCCAGGUGAUCCUCUGUUGUAAUAGGAUUAGCAGGCUCUACUAAUUAAUUUGCGUAGAUGUGUGUGUGUGUGUGUGUGUGUGUGAGAGAGAGAGAGAGAGAGAGACGUACACAAGUUGACAAAAUGAAAUGCAAUUCAAAUCCACAAUGGUUUUGUUCCAAAAUCUAGUGAGCACCCUAUGUAGGCAGCAUUUUAAGACAUCAUAAGUGACCCUGGUGCACAGUCAUCAGUAGCACAGGUGUAUUAGGAGCAAAAGCCCAACGAUGCAUUGUGUGGGAUAAAAUUAUCAUUUUUUCUUUUAUGCCAAAAAUCAUUCAGAUAUUAAGUAAAGAUCAUAUUCCAUGAAGAUGUUUAGUAACUUUCCUACUGUAAAUAUAUAUAAACUUAAUUUCUGAUUAGUAAUAUACAUUGCUAAGAACUUAAUCUGAACAACUUUAAAGAUGAUUUUCUCAAUAUUUAGACCCUUAUGACUGGUUUUAUGCUCCAGGGUCACACAUGCAUGAAGAUAUACAUCCAUAUCACACUCUUGAUGAAAUCCCACAAUGCAUUGCAACUCACAAAGUGUGAAAAAACAAAACAAAAACAGAUUUCAGGGACAUAGGAACAGUUUGAUUGUUUUAAUCCGAGGCAUUGUAGCAGUUGUGAAAUCAUGUUUGUUACAGGUUUGCUGCUACACACAAGAGAAUUAUUGAUUAUGAAUCUACUUCUACAUUAUACAUUUAUAUAAUAAUAUAAUUAAUUUCAAUUGAAUACAUAUUAGUAUGAUUAAUUAUAAUUAUAUUUAAUUAUAACUAUAUAUUGUUAUAUAAAUGUAUAAUCCAUAAGAUAUUUAUAAUUAAUAUUAUUUUUCUAAUAUAAUUAUAGUUUAUUAUAAUUUUAUAUUAUUAAAUACAUUUAUAAUUUUUUUUAUCAUUUAUAUAAUUAUAUUAUAUAAUUACAAUAAUAAAGUUUUCCUUCAGGUUUGCAACAUUUUUUUUUUUUUUUUUUUUUUUUUUAAUGUUUUUUUUUUUUUUUCGAUUGUCCCGUUGUUAGAUUAGUAACAUUCCAGUGUCUGUUCCUGUCGAAAUCCAUUGUGAGUCAGGUCAAGCACUGUUUGUGUGAGGUGCUGUCUAUGCAGUAUUUUCACAAUGAGAUUCCCUUUCAGAAUAUUUAGGAGUUUCCUGGGUUUUGGGACAAUGGCCACUUUCACUAACUCUUACGAUUGUCCUGGCUGAUGUAUAGAUCUGUAUGCAUGUGUGUAUGUCGAGGGCGGAUGCACUAUAAACAUACCACACACACACACACACUUUCACCUGAGAGAGGAGGCCUGACUGUAGGUCUGAUGUCUGUAUAGAUAGGAUCCUAGUUGACCACAAGAGAGCCGAAGCGUAGAGAUCAUAGUAUGCUGCUCAACAUUAUUUAUCAUUCAUAACAAGGCUAUCCGGCUGCUUCGACCUCACUUUACCUGGAUCUCCAGUGGAUUUAGUCCAAGACAAUGCCUUACUUUACCAACUAUCAAUUUUUAAAGUCCAUGUUAUACGAACCCAUUUGGUUGUAGUCCAUCACAAAAAGCAUGGAUUUUGAAGAGCUCUCAGCGUUUUUUUUUAAAUCAGGUGUCUUCAAACGUUGGGCCUCGUUCAUGCAACAUUAGCAAAAUUGUCUCUCAACCAUUUGACAUAUUUACACAGUCGACUGGUUCGUAAAACCAUGUUUUUGGAAGGUUCUAUGUAAAUUGUUACACAAAUGCACCAAUUUGCAUGCACGUCCAAAAAUGUGCUUCCACUCAACACAAUGCAUUUGUGUAAAUCAUUGUCUUGAUUUACGCCUCCCAGCGAUUUCCCCCCAUUCCAGAAGUUUUUGUCGCGCUGCUCUCUUGUGGUCAUGAGCUGUAAAUACCACUCUUAGUGUUUCUGUACAUAUGUCUAAUGGAAAGAAUAGGCUAAUACAGUUAAUCAGCUGAAAACAAGCUUGGGAGAAAUAUGCAAAUCUGAUAUUUUCAUAUAUUUUGGUCUCUGUUUCUCUCUCGGAUCACAUAAUAAGCUUUUAUGACCGUAUCUAUCCCUAAUGCUCUUAGGUGCGAAUUCCGCAUCAAAAUUCAUUGUUUAUAAAUGAUUAUCAUGGCUUAGUUUUGUACGGAUUCUGAGACAUCAAACAGGUUAUAUUUUUAUUUCUGUAAAUGGACGAGACAUCUCAACCAGACUGCUGCUGAGCUGCAUUAGCUGUUUCCACGUUCGCAAACUCAACUCAAAACUGGUGCUUUAGUUUCGUUUUUGCUACAACCGCUGCCUCAAACCAGCCAGUCUCACACACACACACACACAGUCCGUUCAAAGGACUCAACGAAGCUUUAACAUUACCGCAGGUGAAACAGGAAGAGGGGCUCGUCCAGACGUUGGCUGCUAACGACAAAAAACCUGACGUUGCCCCGUUUAUCUCAGCUUGAAGGAUCUUCGAGAGUUGGAUGAACGCCGUCCUUCAAUGGCGAAAGCUAAACUGGAUUGCAGAUACAUGUAUAUACCAGUUACGAUAAGCUUCGGUUGGAUUAUGCUAGUUUUGCUAGCACUAAAGAGCAUUGGAUGAUCAGUCGUUGAGUGUUUUCGCAACUGGGAACUCCCCUUUUUCACCAUCAGAUCUAGGAUUGCUUGCAUCCAAUCAACAAGGGAAUAUAAACCAACAACCUCUUUGUGCCGCUCUGGAUUUUCGUCACCUCAACCAAGCUACAAGAGAAAGGACCUCCAACUGCGAGAGUCCCACCAGUUUUGGGUUUGCUUCAUUGGGUGCCAACGGAUGGACGUUAUGAAUGGAAAAACAGUGUCCGUUGAUCAGUAUUUUCAUGAGGGUAGAUGCAUACACUGCAAAAAAAAAAAAAGAUUCUUCCUUUUGUAUUUUUGUCUUGUUUCUAGUGUAAAUAUCUGAAGAUUCUUGAAUCGAAUUCUUGAAACCUACAAAAAUUUGGAUGAUAUUUUCAGAAAACGACAAAAUAUAUUGUCAAGUAAAAGCAUCCUGAUUCUAGAAUUUUAAUAUUGUUAUUCUAGAAAACAAGACGAAAAAAAUACAAAGCAAAAGCUUUUUUUUUUGCAGUGUGUAGUGGACUGUCUAUGCACUUUGGAUCAGUUCUUAACCUUUGCAUCCACGGGGAUCAUGAAGAGGUCGUUCUUCUCUGUUGGAUGUGCUUGGCUUGAAUUGAAGGCGACAGACCAAUCUAACGCUUCAGUUGUCUGCGGAGCUCUAGGUUGGUUUUGCGCCGAACAGCUAGACUUGAGAAACCCAUGGCUCGCGCUGCACUUUUCCUCCGAGAAGCUGUCGAUUUCUGGAAGCCGCGUGGGUUUCUUGAGUCGAGCUGAAGGAUAUUUAUGUUCAUGUAUGAACACAGAAGCGGGUCAACGAAUCGUUGGUGACUGUCUGAAUGCUGAUUGUUUAUUAAGGACAACACAAACCACCAGGUGCCGUUGUUAACCAAAAUGAACUACCUCUCUCAUUCAUACACACAUGUAAUCAUCACAUCAUUUCAAUGUUUGUUGUUUUUAGUUUUUUUUUUUUUUGGUUUCAAGAAACACUAAAUCUUCUAAUUGUUAAUUCCUCUCUGACUCAAAAUGCUGGACUGUUUACCUCAAAACGUCUCCAUAAGCCUGCAGCUUAAACAGUGCUUUACUGCCUGUCCGGUGGCCAAAAGCCCAUUUCUUGAUGUGCUAUGUUAUCUCUGUUAUGCUAACAACAUGGCGGCCGUGUGGACAGAAAGUUGGCACACCUCCCCAAGACACACGUUGAGCGUUUCCAAUUGAAACGCUUGCUGUUGUCGCGGGGUGAUGUUCCCGCUAGUCUGACCGCUAGAAUCCGUCAGUAUUCACUCUUUCUCAUGCAGAAUGUCAAAGCAUUGACAACCAAGCUAGCUAAUCCCAAAGUGCACUCAAUAAGCUAGUGUAAAGUAUUGUUUUACAGUGCUAUCAUGGACGCUGUCGUUUAGCAUCGGAAAACUGUGUAUCUCUACAUGAUCGAGCAUCGCAGGUGUUCACUUUGCAUGUGUAUUAAAGUUUGCAUCUGUAUAAGUAACUGCUCACAGCUCUGCCUCUGGUGCCCUCCAGCUGCUCUCUUCAGCCUUUUCUUGCCUAUUUCUCUGCAUCUCUUUGUCCCAAUGGUCUGGCAAGAUUGGUUAAACAUGAGGGAACUUCCCUCACAUUAUUAUUAUUGUUAUUAUUAUUAUUACUAUUAAUGAAGACAACAAUAACAAUAGUGAUGAUGAUAAUAAUAAUAAUAAUAAUAACAGUUUUAUUGUUAAUAAAAAUGCACUAUAAUAAUAGUAAUCAUUAUUAUUGUAAAUACUUUAAUUAUUUAAAAUAAUAUUGUUUAUAAUAGUAAAAUAUUAUUUAAUAGUGCUGCUAUUAUUUUGUUGUUAUAAUUUUAAACAAUAAUAAAUAUUAUUUUAAAUAAUGCUAGCAUAUUAUUUAUUAAUAAAUGCUUGUAUUAUUGUUCACAAUAUUAAUAUUAAUUAUAAUAAUAAUAGUAAUAAUGCUACUUUUAUUAUUAUAAUUACUUUUUAACAGGCAUAAAAGCAUUUAUCUUUUAAAUAAUUAAUAAUAAUAAUAAUAGCUAUUCAUUAUUUAAUAAUAGUUAAUGAUCUGAUAUUAUUAUUAUUAUUUAUUCCAUUCAGUUGCAUUUUGUCUAGAUGUUUAUGAACAUACUCCUGACAAACAUUGCUCUUAAUUUCAUUUAAACGAGGCCUGUUAUGUCGGAUGUUGACUCGGGCCCGCCAUUUGGACACGCCUCUCUAUCAUCGUCUCUGUUUUCUCCCUCAUCUAAAGCUCACCUUUAUCCACUAAACCCUGUCAUUCUGCCAUCUCUCCAUCCAUUUUCCCCUGAACUACACACAAAGGUACAGAUUCGCCACCAGCUGUUACUUUACAGACAGAAACACUUAGUAAUUUCUUCAGCGUAGAAGUCGUCUAAUGUUGUGUGUGUUUUCUUUUUUUUUGAGUGACGGAGAGACCGAUGAUUACUGCUAAAUGUUAAGACACUAUUUGAAGCGGAUUCUUCACGCUAGCUCAGUUAAAGACCUCUGUGUGCCUACACCCCAAAGCCUUAUUUUGGGAUUGUGUCAGGGUUCGGGCGUUAGUCUCAAUGCAGUUCAAUGUAAGGUUCAUUGGCGAGAUCGAGGCUCACAGUCGGACUGAAUGCAUGUUGGAUCGGCACGUGUCUGAUCGGAAACUACAUAUGAAUCUCAGGCAAGAAAAACACUUUCCUGAAGUAUGGAUUCUUGGGUGGGAAUUGAAUUUGUCCGUUGGGAAUCGAUUGGAUUGUUGUCAUGUGCAAAGAAAGGGGAAGUUGUUUUGAUUCACGAUUACGAGGGCACGGGCAUUCUUUAAAAAAAAUAAAGACGUGACCAUGGAUCACGAAAGCGGUCUUAAGUAUCACUAAUAUAUUUGUAGAAAUAGCUAACAUUAAUAUUGUAUGGGUCAAAAUUAUCCAUUUCUCUUUUAUGCCAAAAAUCAUUAGGAUAUUAAGUAAAGAUCAUGUUCCAUGAAGAUAUUUAGUAAAUCUUCUACUGUAAAUGUAUCAAAACUUAAUGUUUGAUUAGUAAUAUGCAUUGCUAAGAAUUCAUUUGAACAACUUUAAAAUGAUUUUCUCCAUAUGUAGAGUUUUUUUGCUCCCUCAGAUUCCAGAUUUUCAAAUAGUUGCAUCUCAGACAAAUAUUGUCCUCCGAACAAACCACACAUCAAUGGAGAGAUCAUUUAUUUGCUUUGUAUAAAUCUCAGUCUCAAAAAAUGUCACAUUUUGUGGUCCAGGGUCAUAAAACAAUACUGGCAUUAGCAUAAACCUCAGGACUCAAGGGGGGCGAUAGUUUCCUCCAAAUGCAUCAUUUGUGUGAUUGUUAUUCAGCAACUGAAUAAUAAGCACGGAUCUGAUCUGAAAAUUGGUUGAAGAAGACGACAUGACUGAUUUGGUUUCCCGUUCUGGAGAUUGUUUGACUGAAUCUGUUCGGUCUGACUGUGAUCCUCGACUCUCAGAAUAAACCCACGGGGAAAUCUGGAUGGUUCUUAGCGAUCCAAACACGUUUGUUUGUCUCAGAGAACGCUCCUGGAAUCAGGUGCCUUAUUUUCCAUAUUUACCAACAUUUACGCAGUCUUGUUUUACUGCGAGGUAAAUUAUGCAUUUCUCUCAAACAUGGUUUUUUUGGAAAGAUUCAGAUUCAAAGAAAUGGUACAUCACUGGUUUCAAGUUAAUAAUUGCUUGGUUGCAGGCGUCUCCAAGAAAUGAAGGGUAAUUAAUGGAUUCAUUGAUUGGAAGAGUGAUUUUUUUGGGGGGGGUUUGUCCAAGUUUUCUCUUUAGAAAAGCCAUGUUUACUCGCUCUCGUUCCAAACUUGUUUGAUUUUCUUCUGUGAAACUCAAAAUGAGAUGUUAAACUGAAGCUUGUGGACGGUUAUUUAUCCUGCCAAGCGCUAAAUUGGAAAUAUGGCGCGCGAGUCCACUGGUUUUAUAUGAUUUGAUGGUUUUACGAUGCUUUUGUUUGUCCUUCUUGGGAAUUGGAAGUAUAAAUCACAGUCCACUUGCUUUUUGUGGAAAGGAGAAACUUAGACGUUCUGCCUCAAAUUCCCCGUUGGGUUUCAUGGAAGAAUGAAAGUAAUGCACGUCUGGAACGAGAAGAUAUGCAGCUUUUUUUGGGGAGGUGAACUAUUCCUAAAUUGGUGCAAUUCUGCGGGUUCUGGAAACCAGAAGAAAUGCAUUAAAUUUGUUGAAUGUGGGCAUAAAAGAAGCUCUGAACUUUCCAAACACCCUUGGAAAUCUUGGACAAAUCUGCUCGGUGGUGAUGAAUCACGGUUUGGAUCUCUUUAAAACCCAUCGAGACUUUCCUAAUCACAGAAAGCGAUCAUGUCACCAACACACCUCACAUGGUUUUUAUUUUUCUAGAGAAACCUAAAAAAAGCUCAAGACACUUAAUGUACAACUUGCUUUAACCUUGUCUCAUUUGUGUUGGUCUCUCUUUCCCUUCGAAUGUCCGUUACACAUUUAUUUUGUGCAUUGUAUGUCUAUGUAGUAAAUGAGAAAAUCACAAAUAAACAGCUGUAUAUAGUGAUGCAUAA